AUGACUGCUCUGCUACUACUGAUGCUUGAAAAAUGCAAGACAGAACAACAGUUGACCGAAGACCCAUGUCACUCAAUGAGCAAUGAUUGUGGAACAGGGACUGUUUAUUCUUUCUCUUUUGCAGGCCCUCCAGUUAAUGUCACAUGCAACAUAUUUAUAAACAGCUUUGGAUCCAUUGCAGAGACGACCAUGGAUUACCGAGUGAACAUAUUUCUCCGCCAGAAUUGGAAUGAUCCACGCCUUGCAUACAGUGAAUAUCCAGAUGACUCUUUAGAUUUAGAUCCAUCCAUGUUGGAUUCAAUCUGGAAACCUGAUUUGUUCUUCGCAAAUGAGAAAGGUGCCAACUUUCAUGAAGUUACAACAGAUAACAAGUUGUUGCGAAUUUUCAAAAAUGGAAAUGUACUGUAUUCCAUCAGGUUGACUUUAAUACUGUCCUGUCCGAUGGAUCUCAAAAAUUUUCCAAUGGAUGUGCAAACAUGUAUAAUGCAGCUGGAAAGCUUUGGAUAUACAAUGAAUGAUCUCAUUUUUGAAUGGCAAGAAAAGGGAGCAGUUCAAGUAGCGGAAGGUCUCACUCUGCCACAGUUUCUCUUGAAAGAAGAAAAGGAUUUAUGUUACUGCACCAAGCAUUAUAAUACAGGAAAGUUUACAUGUAUUGAAGUCCGAUUUCACCUUGAGAGGCAGAUGGGUUACUAUCUUAUCCAGAUGUACAUACCGAGUCUCUUGAUCGUCAUUCUCUCCUGGGUGUCAUUUUGGAUCAAUAUGGAUGCGGCUCCAGCCAGAGUGGCUUUAGGCAUAACAACUGUACUGACCAUGACAACACAAAGCUCAGGUUCACGAGCGUCUCUUCCAAAGGUGUCAUACGUCAAAGCGAUUGACAUCUGGAUGGCUGUGUGUCUGCUCUUUGUAUUUUCUGCACUUUUGGAGUACGCAGCUGUAAACUUCGUGUCAAGACAGCAUAAAGAACUUCUACGAUUCCGCCGCAAGAGAAAGAAGAACAAGGAUGAUGAUGUAAGGGAAAGCCAAUUUAGCUUUACAGCGUAUGGAAUGGGCCCAUGUCUGCAAGCAAAAGAUGGCGUCACACAAAAGGGGCCAAAUAAUCCUGUUCAAGCUGUACCAAAAACCCCUGAUGAGAUGAGAAAAGUAUUCAUUGACCGGGCCAAGAAGAUAGACACAAUAUCUAGAGCGUGUUUCCCGUUAGCCUUUCUGAUUUUCAAUAUUUUUUACUGGGUAAUUUACAAAAUCAUCAGGCACGAGGACAUUCACCAAUAGCAAGAUAAAGGCUUGCAGUACACACAGAUCUGGCUGUUGUGUUCAACAAGACUCUUUCUGUUAGAAAUGCACAUUGGAGGAGUGAUUGGGAGAGGUAAAA